AUGGGGGUUGAUCCUCUUUCUCCCAUAGCGCCGGUGCGCAUUCGUGCGCUGCUCCUCCCCAUCGGCAAAAUCAGACGGUCAAGAUUCCUCAGCUUCGCAGCAAGACUUCAGGCCGAAAAUGUGGUCCGUCUGGGGGACAUUAGUCCCGACUCGCGACCAAAUAGAAAUAUGUUCUCCCCAUUAGCAUUUCCUACGGGCUUGAUUCUUUACGAUCUGUCCUUCUCUGUGCCCCCAACGUCGCACCUCGAAUUGUUUCCGUUUGAGAUCUUCCGAGAACCACUUGUGAUCAUCGCCAUAGCAGACGGGACGGAGCUCGGCGAAACCGAUAACGACCACGGCGUAGAGCAUGGAUCUUCGCCUGCAUGCCCUCCUGCGCCUGCCGGACUAGAUGAGCUUCGACAGGAGCUUGAAGUCGUGAAGGAAAGAAACACCAGGGCCCUGGUACAUCAGCUUUUAGUGUUCGACUACAAGGGCGUGGAGAAACUGUCCAACGGUCCUGAUGAUGUAUUAUGGGUCCCGCGACCCCAGGCUUCCAAGGCAACGACAAUGAAGACGGUCCUCUGCGAUAUUACAUCUCUACUCCUGUCCGAGUUGGACGGAUUUGCGAAGAUUAUUCAAAGUAUACCCACGAUUGAAUCACCGAAAGCGUCUUCCUGGGGGCCGCACCGUGGCCCAGAUUUACGCCCCCGUCCCACAGAUCGGCUCAUGCAUCGAAUGACGAUGCCUGUACACUUGCCAUCGGACGCAAAUAGUGCUCCGGCCUCUCCUGUCAGUUCGAAACCAACCUCACCCGCACCCAGCGAUCAUGAGACGCCGACCACAUUCGACGAAAUCACACGAUCAAUCCAGCUAGCUAACCGCACCAAUUCAACGGGGAAGCUCACCUCACUGCCGUCGUCAAAAGAGCAUAGUCGAGAUCGCAUGUCUGUGAGCAGCAUGAGUGCGACUGACCGUACCAAGAAUCGCAUCAAGGGCCGAACCGGAGUAGUAGUUGGAACCCUUUUCCUGCAGGCUGGGAGAUGGCCCGACGCUCUCAAAGAGCUGGUAGAGGCGGCGUCAAACGCUAGAGCUUGUAGUGAUUAUGUGUGGCAUGCCAAAGCCCUUGAGUCGAUUUUACUAUGUCUGCUGAUGUUCAGCUGGGCGGGCAUGGAUUUUCAGAUUCCUCCCAUUUGCUAUCCCGUUGCCGACAAGUCAUCGAAAUUAUCACAGACCGUCGACUCGAGCUCGGGUCAAUCUGCACCAGGGAACCGUGUGAUAUCUCUUCAGAACUUGUCCAAUUUAUUACCCGACCUUGCAAACAAUAUUCUGAAUCUCUACAACCGUGCUGCGAACAUCACUGAUGAACCUCUUCCUCAACUUGUCUUUUCGGAAACAGUCAUCCGCCUUGCCAGAUUAUUGGCAGCAGCACGGGUUCGUGACGGUGCCCUAGAUGACAAUGCACUGAAACAUAUUGUCACCAAUGAACCUCUCGUGCCGCUGCAUCGGCCAGAGCGCCCUCGUGGAUUGGUCAUCUUGAAGAAGUCAGAAAUUGCCAAUUUCCUCUUUCGCGCAUUACCGCUGUCCUUCAGCGCAGACUUGCCCCCCACAGACACCAUACCUAUCAUUGUAGGCAUCGUGUCUGUUUUGAAUACUCUGGAUCUACCGCGGAAGAAAGCAUUCAUCUUGAGGGAAUUAUUAUCCACGAUGGUUCCCACUCUGGUACAAGCUCGCAAAAUCGGGGCUGCAGAAGUCGGAAUACAUCCUGCGGCUGGUCUAGCAUCCCUGAGCGAUACAGCAUUUGACAUAAAUGCUCUUGACGUUGGUCCGGGGAAUAUGGAGGAGAGCAUGCGCACACUUCUUGCGACAAUUGGGGAGAUAUAUGGAGUACAGCCCUCAUCCUACUACGAGUGGACGAAGAGGAGAUCUUUGACUUUGGAUGGCGAAGAGCCUUUUCCUGAGUACGAUUCAGUAACUGCCAUCGUUGAGCGAUCCUUUCGACAUGUCGUCCUCGAUGGAUACGGCGACUUGAAUCUCAAGAUUGACGUACUUAAAGCGUGCAUCAAUGCAUGUGAGGCACUUCCUGACUUUGGCGGUGUCCUUCGUUUCACGGUCGAGUUGCUACAGACUAUCAGAGGGGACCUCACGCUCACCGAGUUGAAUCAUACCCCACCAUACCUGCCCCCAGAUGAGCAGGUUCGUCUUCUAAACAACAUCAAGAGAACGGUUGGCGCCGCCAGCAAACUGGGAGCAGCCAACUUGGAGGCUGAGUACUGGGACGACUUUUUAGUCCGCGAUGUCGCGUUGUUGCCUCUCGCUGAUAACAGCCGACCGGUUCGCCGAUCCAAGCCUGAAUUCGACGCCGUUACCAAAUCGCGUGAAAAGGCCACCAAAGAUCCAUUCCUCUAUAAUCCUUUCUCGAAGACGAGUAGCAAGGCCUCGGAGCUCCUCAUGGUUGCUGGCGAACAUGCGGCGUUCAAAGUCACUUUACAGAAUCCAUAUGAGUUCGAGUUGGAGAUCGAAAGGAUUCGUCUUGAUAGUGAGGGUAUCCCUUUCGAUGCCGUGGUUGAGUGGAUCAUUCUUCCGCCAUUCUGUUUGCAGGAUAUCACGAUCUUUGGAAUCGCUCAAGAGGCAGGCACAGUGAACAUUACCGGGUGCGUUAUCAAAGUUCGUCACUGCAGAGAACGAAGGUUCCCCAUUUUCAGAGAGCCGUGGAAACCAGAAGUGGAAAGCAAGUUUAAGCGCACGGGUCUGGCAGCAAAGAGCCCGUCGACAGAACGUCCUCUCUCAUGGAGCUCGACAACGUCGAAGGAUGGAAAGGUAGUUCCAAAGAAGGGCCCCGAGACCUCUUCUUGCGAGGUCAAAGUGAUCGGGAAACAACCGUCCUUGAUCAUCGAAUCUAUGUCACUUGCACAAUCAGCAGCAAUGGUGCUGGAAGGUGAACAUGGGUCCUUCAACAUUACCCUUCGCAACACAUCAACAUGCCCCUUGGACUUCAUCUUGUUCACAUUCCAAGAUUCUACGAAUAGACAAAUACAGUCCGCCCUGAGCAACAAAGAUCUGCUGCCAGCAGAGAUCUACGAACUGGAAUUGAGCUUGAUGAAACCAGCUUUGCGGUGGCGCCGGCAAGGCGCAAACCCGGGUGAUCAUUCAAUACCUGCCGGAGGAAGUGCAACAUUCACGAUUGACAUAUUUGGCAAGCCGGGCCUGCAGGAUACGACCGUGCAGAUAGAUUACUCAUGCGUUGAUCUAUCCCAUGGCGAAUUGCCGGAUGUUUUUUAUACCCGACAAUUAUUCAUUCCGCUGACUGUGACUGUUAAUGCCAGUAUUGAAGUUGCACGUUGUGACAUUCUCCCAUUCAGCAGUGAUUUUGCCUGGUGGAACCGACAGGAUGUCGCUCCACCGUCAAAGUCUGCUCAGACUCAGUCAGCUCUUUCACCACGCAUUGGCAGUGAUCCAUUUUCACCUGUCCUUUCGCACCUUGGGCGGGGCGCAUACGGAUCCGAUCAUUGCAUUGUGUUGCUUGAUCUUCGUAAUGCCUGGCCGAAUGCCUUAUACGUCUCCCUCCAUGUUAGCGAGCAACCAAUAGAGCCCUCGUCAGGGCAGUCGACAGAAGCAAUGACCAAAGAUGGGCAGUACACAGUAUCUGAAGAGCUCCAACCUGGUCAGAUGUCGCGCUUUGUGCUCGUGCUUCCUCGUGUCUAUAUAGACAAUCCCCACGCUUCCAUCCCGAUCCUCAAUACGGGCGUUAAGCGACAGUUCGUUGUCAGUGCCAAUAAGCUCACAUUUGAAGGCGAAGCCGCAUCGCGAGAGGCCUUUUGGUAUCGGGAAGAACUCCUCAAGAGAAUCUCCGGAACCUGGAAGGAAAGUCCUGUGGGACGUGAGGGCACGAUCGACCUUAGAAACCUGCGACUGAACUCCCGCAUGGUAGAUGCGUUCCGACUGGAUGAUGUCGACAUCGAUUUCUCCUUAGAUGCUCCAUUCGCGGAUGAGCUUGCCGCCGAUAGUGACAACAACCCUACCGAUGCCGUGGUACAGGUUGGACGGUCACGAUAUAAGGUGCGCUGUGACGAUAUGCUGAAUCUGACGGUCACCAUCCGCAAUCGUUCCUCGAAACCCAUCCACCCCCUGCUCCGACUACAGCCGAGUUUAUGUCACCAACCCAGCAAUGUGGCCCUCGAUCUGUCAAGACGCCUUGCGUGGACUGGCAUGUUGCAGCAAGUGCUACCUAUCAUCCAGAGCGAGGAGAGCACAACUGCCACUGUCGGUGUGACUAUCCUCUGUCGCGGAGCGUACGAAAUCGGAGCCACCGUUGAGGAGGUCCGCAUCUUAAGAGCCUCGCCAGAAUCGGAACGUGCAGUGGCACAUAAGGAUGAUGAUGGUGUGCCUAUCCAUGACACUUUCGGUGCAGACAUGGCGAAGAAGAGGCGGGUAUGGCAUGCCAAAGAACCCUGUGUUUUGAAUGCUCAUGAUUAG